CCCAUUCUUGCAGCCCCUCUGUCUUACUGGUCGGAGAUGGGAGCGCACAUAACAGCAGCAGCAGCACCACCAUCACGUCGGAAGACACGGGAUGAAUCUAAGGAAGGGGACAUGAAAACCAACAAUACCAAGCAGGUGCGCUGUGGAAGAUAUGGGAAAAAGACAUCAAGUUUUUCAGUGACGCUGUACCCAGCCGCUUCAAUCGGUAAUUAAACCUCUGCUGUUGUGGCCCCUCGCUUUUUUUUGCGCUUUUUUCUCCCCCCAAGCCAUUCUCCCCCCUACACUGCUGGCACAAAGACGCUUAUUCUAAGGAGCUGCACCUGGGAUUACAGUCAGUCCGCAAGAGUGAACAGAUCAGUUGCAUCUAAAACGAUGGAAUGAGAAGCAGUGACAGUAAGUAAUAGGAUCAGGAUUAAAUCACUUUUCUUCUUUUUGUACCCCUGUAAAUUCCCCUCUGAUACCCCCCAUCCGUCACCCAGCGAAGACAUAAUGUCAUUGUCUCGAAAGUGAAAUCGAUUCACUCUUAUUUUAAAACGUUGUUUUUGCCGGAAUGAUGCACAAGAAACUCUAUUAUGUCUAUAGAUUUUUAUUCCCUUUUGAUUCAUUGCGCAUUACCCGUUUUUUCCUCUGAAUGAGCAGCCGGUUUCUCUUGUUCAGGAUGCGACUGCGCAACCUUCGGCAAGUACCAGCAAUUAGGCUGUGUGUUUGUGCACGAGUUUCCUAAAAGCUUACAAGAAACAGUUCACCCAUUUUUUUUUUCUUUUUUAAUUGGACGUCGCCAUUGUUGUCUGUAAAAAGGAAAAAAAAAAGCAACUGUGGCGUUCUGGACUCAGAGGGGUCAAACGGUGCGCCCUUGGCAUCACACCAACCCCCUCCUUGUGUCUGAACCAGGGUCCGUCACAGAAAAUAAAUCAAGCACAAUAUGGUGGAGCCCGUUGGAUUCAUAGAGGCUUGGAAGGCACAAUUCCCUGAUUCGGAGCCCCCCAAGAUGGAGCUGCGGUCCAUUGGAGGUAUUGAGCAGGAGCUGGAGAAGUGCAAAGCGUCCAUCAGACGCCUCGAACAGGAGGUGAACAAGGAGCGCUUCCGCAUGAUCUACCUGCAAACCCUCUUGGCUAAAGAGAGGAAGAGCUAUGACAAACAGCGGUGGGGUUUCAGGAAGACACCAUUGAAUGAGGGGGUAGACCCUGCAGCCACCCAGGGUGCAGAGUCACCAUCUCAGCAGCCCCACAUGCAGGAGACUGGUGGAGUUGGAGGUGCUGGAGGAUACGCUGUAGUCGAUAGGAGUCGUUUUCAGCCACUUGGGGAUGGUACUGGCAGGUCCAAACCUAGGCCCCCACCAGCCAGGAAGUCAGCUUCCCAUGGAGAUGGCUUGGAGUCAGCGUUUGACUCACCCCAACAAGCAGAGUCUAUGUCCUGUGACAACCUCGAUGGCCUCUCGCCGUCUAAGCAGAGGGGUGGCAUCACCCUGUCCCCCCGCAGGCCCACACUUCCACCCCCAGACAAGGAUCUGCCUUCUGACCCCAAAGAUAAGCUUGGGAUGGGACUUGGUGUAGCAGCUCUCAGGUCCAACUUUGAGAGGAUCAAACGGGCCAACUCUCACUCUGCUGGAGAUGUAGGUAAGGGUCAGGAAAAGCAACUACCACCACCACCACCACCGUUCUACACCAACAUGGAAUUCCAUCAUGAGAGGGGUUUGGUCAGGGUCAACGACCGGGAUGUGUCGGAUAAAAUCAGCUCCCUGGGUACUCAGGCCAUGCAGAUGGAGCGAAAGAGAUCUCUUCACUCCCUUCCAGGCAAUCUGGCAACAGUGGCAGGUGAACUUCGUGCCAGGCCAGUGUAUAGAGGACGGUCUACUGAGAGCACCUGCGGCUAUGAUGCAGAAUACGAAGAUGGGGAGCCCAACCAGCGACAUUCAGGGAGGGCCAAUGGGGGUAAACCUCCACCUCCGCCUUGGCAACCAUCUGAGUUCCAAGCCUACUCCAGCGUCUAUGUUGGUGGAGUGAUGAUGGGUGAAGGUGGCAGUGGAGAUGGACGUGGAGGUGGCAGUGGAAUCACAAUGAGGGACCACAGCGGAGGUGAUGAUCACCUCCUGACCUGGCCACGCCGCUCCUACUCCCCAGGUAGCUUCGAGGAUGCUGGAGGGGGUGGUGGCUACACACCAGACUGUAGCUCCAACGAGAACCUGACAUCCAGUGAGGAGGACUUCUCCUCUGGCCAGUCCAGUCACGUCUCUCCGAGUCCCACCACAGCCUUCCGUCGUCCCUUCAGAGAGAAGAGCAGGUCGCCUUCCCAAAACUCCCAGAACUCCCAACACUCCUAUGACAGCAGCAGCCCUCCUACGCCGCAGUCUCAGAAGCGUCACCACAGGCAGCAGGGAGGCCAUGUGGUCAUGUCUGAGGCCACUAUUGUGAGUGUUCGCAAGACAGGUCAAAUCUGGCCCCCUCCUGCCCACCAUGACCUCCUGCCCCAUGGUCGAACAUCCCAUGACAACAGUUUUCACGGAGACCACUUAGGUAAGUAAAGACGGCUAUCUCUAAUCUUUGUUAUGCUGAAGUUAGUCAUGCUUAAAUAAUCUUGGCACUAACUUUGCUUUGUAUAAUAUAGCUUUCCUCUUAAAACCACAUGUUGGAUGAAAGCAUUAGUGAUUGAUAAUGUUAGUUGGACUGGUGUGUGCAGUCAAAUAUGCCAAAAUGUGUGUCCUUUGGACGGCCUUGCGUGGGAGCCUGAUGAAAGAUCCACCUCUGCUCAUUCUUGGAAUGUCAGUCGGGUGGGUGAACAAUGAAUGUGGCCAGUCUGAGUUGAAACUAAAAGUCUAGUCUUUCUCAGGCCUCUGGCUCUUGUACGUAAUUUAAAUAGCAGGUGUCUUCCUGCCUACCUU